CCUUUCAGAUGAAUGAAAGCAAAAGCAGUGGCUGGAGCUAGGGCAGCUAUUUAGAACUAUGAGGUGGAAGAAAUGUGUUGACAAUAGCAGAACAAAAAUGUCGGAAUCCUGGGUACCUGAUGACCAUGGAGCCGCCAUGCAAACUCUGGACUGCAAUUUCCAGAGACUGUUUGCAGAAUGAAGAUACUGCCAUUACCUCUACAAAGAAUGCAUCCCAGCACAGAUCAAAGAUCUUGCAAGUCCAACCAUGCCAUUUUACAGUUCUGAACCUCAACCUAGAGAAAGCAGUGGAUCUUUAUACAUUUGACACCGCACUUCCCUCUAGGAUCUCUGUAGCUAUUGAAAAUGAAUUGGAGAAGAUGAGUGGGUGUGAGAAGAGGGUAACGGAAUCAGAUCAAAAGCUGUCAUGUCACUAUGAGCGGGCGAUGAGGCAGCCGGGACCAAGAUGAUGGUGGGGAGAAGAAAAUCACUUGAGAGAAUUGAUUAAACUAGGUGGUUAGCACAGAUAGAGCUGAAUCAAAAAUUAAGAUGGUAAGCUAAAUAGUUUUACACACGAAAAGGCAGAGUUGCAUUCAUAAUUAGUCUCUUCUUCAGACUGAAUAUUACAGCCAAAAUACAGUCAGUGGUGUGGCAAUCACUUUCUUUGGGUUUGUAUCCAAGGUCAAGAAUGUCAGCCUCUGAAGGCCCCAGAUCUUAAUGUUUUUAGAUGAUAAAGUUUAUUUAAGGUAGAAUAAUUUAGCUCUGUGCAAAUUUCAUUGUGGAAGAAUGAAAAAUCCAUUGUCCCUCUUCUCUGCCACAGACACACUUGAGUUGAACAUUAAGCAUAUUUAUUAAGGAAACAUUCUCUUUGUGCUUUUUCUCCCAAGAUGGAUGGUAUUCUAGAGUUCUAAGUGUCAGAAUAAAGAAUGUCCAUGAGGUUGAAUUAUAUGAUGUUUUAGUAAAGUCAGGUAAACAUUCUCAGAAACAUGAUUGUGACUUUAAAAAAAAAAAAAAAAAAAAAAAAACACUUUCCAUAGAGGAAUUAUGCUUUGGGGACAGAAACUUUCCUUUAUAAUUUUUACAGCUGCAUGCAGAUAAAGAAUAUGAAAAAGGCAUAACACAUCAAUUUCGAAAGCAUGGCUGCACUUUAAGAGAACACAGACUUUCCAGAUCCAUCUUACAUCUCAGGAAUUCUAGAUCAAGACACGAAUGAGUGUUUUUGUUGCUAAAAUCCCUCUAAUUUCCUUCUUGUUAGACACUUCACCUCAGCAACAUUAUAAAUUAGCACAAAAAAAUUGUUUGUAGGUGAAAAACCAUUUGGAAAAGGACACCGUAUUAGCCAGGCUAUCUACUCACAAAUAAAAGCCAAUUCUGGCUCUCC